AUGGAGUCCGAAAUGCCAAAACUCAAAGUCCUCAUCAGCGGAGGCGGCGUCGCCGGCACGGCCCUGGCCUUUUGGCUCUCCAAGCAAGGCCACGACGUGACCGUCGUGGAGCGGUUCCCGGCGCUGCGCACCACGGGCUUGCAGGUCGACCUCCGGGGGCACGGCGUCGAGGUCCUGAGGCGCAUGGGCCUCGAGCAGGCGUACCGCGCUGCGUCGCCGCCCGAGCAAGGGCUCCAGGUCGUCGAUACCCGCGGCUGGAGGCGCGCCUACUUCCCGGCCAACAGGACGGGCGAGGGCGCGCAGAGUUUCACGACGGAUUGGGAGAUUAUGCGCGGGGACUUGUGCCGCAUCAUGUACGAUGCCGCCAAGGACCGGACAAGAUACAUUUUUGGAACGUCGAUCGACGGAUUUGACCAGGAACAAGACGGGCCGGUCCAUGUCCAGUCCUCAGACGGCCAAAAGGACACCUUUGAUCUCGUCGUUGGUGCCGAUGGGCAGGGAUCCCGCUUCCGCAAGAUGAUGGUCGGUCCUGGCGGCGAGGAUGGCCUGCGUCCGAUUCCAGGGCAGCACAUAGCAUAUUUCACCGUUGCUCGCCCCGUCCAGGAUGGCGAGGAGUACAUGGCUACGCAGUACAUGGCGACGGGCCGACGCGGCAUCAUGACGCGGAGGUCGCAUCCAGACAAGCUUCAAGUGUAUAUCGGCUGCACGUCCACUGCGGACGAGCUGAAGAAUAUCCGACGCGGCGAUGUCCCGGCGGAGAAGGAAGCGAUGGCACGAGUUUUCCACGGCGCGGGGUGGCGAUCUGACGACCUUGUCAAGGAUAUGAUGGCCGCGGAGGACUUCUACUGCGAGCGCAUGGGCGUGGUCAAGCUGGACAAGUGGUACAAGGGCCGAACGGCGCUCGUCGGCGACGCGGCCUACUGUCCCUCGGCCAACACGGGCAUGGGCACGACUUCGGCUCUGGUGGGCGCGUACAUUCUGGCGGGCGAGAUUGGCCGGCACUGCGGUAUGCCGUCGCUACAUGAGAGAUCCGGAUCCGACAGAAAAGGCUCUUCAGCCACGUCUGCAGUCACAGCGGCACUGGAGGCUUAUGAUUGCAAGUUACGACCGUUCAUGGACCAGGUCCAGGAAGGAGUGCUUGAGAAUAAAGCGGGCAUGAUGCUGCCGUCAUCGUCCGUGGGCGUCGGUCUCGCCAAUUUGUUCCUGGGUAUUGCUUCAUUAUUGAGAUUAAAUAUUUUCAGUUGGUUCUUGAAAGAAGAGGUAAAGGACUGGGAUCUGCCCGACUACGAUUACUAA